AUCAUGAGGUUGAGGACUUAACAUGUUAUCCAGACGGGAGACUUGACCGCCAGUGGCCUGUUAUUCCCCCGGCAACAGCCGGUAGCACGCAGCCUUCAAGAUAUUUGCUUCCCUCCACAACAUCUCCAUGGCGAAAAUAGACAGCAAGUUCGUCUUCGACACUCGAUUCUGUGUCGCUUUCCUCUUACCCAUAAUAGAAGGAUUUGUACUGAGCAAUUCAGAGACAAUACAUAUUCAUGCAUGGUCAUAGAGGAUCAGGAUCAACUCUCUAACUACUAAAUUAAAGGUUGAAGAUACUUUCUUCAGGUAUUUUUCUUAUUAAGUAAAAAUCUGCCAGUUGAAAGUGUAAUUCAAUGGCGUUGUCUACGACAUUCUCAGGUGGAAUUUUGUGUACUCUUCAUAAUCCAAGAGUGACAACUGCUAUGCGACAUUAUUCUCUGUUAACUGCCUCAAUUUCUCAUACUAAACACAGUACCAUUAUAGUACGUGGUACUCAGGAUGGUUAUGCUAUCAUGGGAUCCAGUAAAAGUGUAAAAUCCGAUUCUUUGUCCAGUAUCCAUACAGAUAAUGCUGGCAAGGCCUCUGCUGUGGCAGACUCUAAAAGUUUCAAGUUCAUUGAAAGUCUUAGACUGCCAGAAUUUCUGUUACCAAUUACGUCUGGAGAAUCACGCAAGAGUUUUGUUAAGCAAGCUGAACAAACAAUCGAACGUGCUAUUUUUGAUUUCAGGUUUCUAACUCUUCUAGCCAUUGCUGGAUCUCUUGCAGGUUCUCUUCUUUGUUUUUUAAAUGGUCUCCCGGAGUGA